AUGGAACCCCUCAAGGCCAACCCUAUCAGGAGGAAACGUCCGUUCCUGUCCAAGACCAGGACGGGAUGUCUGACUUGUAAGGUCCGCAAGGUCAAAUGCGACGAAGAAAAGCCGGCAUGUCGGCGAUGCACGUCUACGGGACGGAAAUGUGAUGGGUAUGCACCAGCACCGGUCUCAGCCUCAGCCUCAGCGUCAGGGUCAAAGUCCGUCUCGGUCAGGAGCGGCAGCAGUAGCAGCAGCAACAACACAUCACCUUCACGACACGCCAGCCCCAGCCAGGCCCCUUCGGCCGAUUUGUUCGCCUCGGAUGCCGAGAGAAGAAGCUUUGCCUACUUCGAGACGCGAGCCUGCCAUGAUCUGAGCUUGGGUGGUUCCUUCCACGCGCACUUCUGGGCGAGAGAGGUCCUCCAGGCUGCAGUCCACUACCCUUCGACGCGCCACCUGGUGGUCGCCAUUGGAGCCGCGUUCGAAGGCUUCCAGGAGUCAACCGCCGUCUCGAGCGGGGGCCGAGAAAGCAACGCCAUGAGACUGUCCAUUGAGCAGUGUAACCGGGCGAUACAGCUGAUGGGGGCCCUGUUUGACGCGGCCCGCAGAGAGGCCCAGUCCGUCGAAACAACCUGCAACAUCUUGACGGCGUCGAUCCUCUUCGCGUACCUGGCGUGUCUGCAGGGACAGGUCGGCCAGGCGAUCGAACAUGUGAGGUCGGGAUUGAAGGUGCUACAGGGGUUCGAGAAGGCCAGAUCGCUUGGCCAUAACGACCACGAGCACGAUCGCCCGGCGGAUACCUUCCCGGUAUCUGUUGCGCAUCUCAGAUCGCUGCUCACCUCGAUAUAUGGACAAAUCCGAUGCAUGAUCAACGACGAAGCUCUCACCGCCUGGGUGUGGGAUCCGCUCGUCUCGGUCAUUGGUCCAGUUCUCAGCUUCUCGACCCUCUCCGAGGCGCACAGCUACGUCGAGAAUCUGUGGCACAAUCUACUGGCAUUGCUGCAAUAUACCGAGCUUCACCCGCCCCGGACGGCCGACGAGGUUGCCGCAUUCACGGCACACCAUCAGCUGCUGAGCCGGUCGUUGGACAGCAGCCGGGAUGCACUCGAGACGUUGGCCUCUCAGCGGACGUUGCACCAUGGCAGCUUCAACGAGCAGGGCCUCAACAUCCUGCGGCUGUAUCAGACGCUGAUCGCAAUUCGACUGCACAUCAACCCGCUGGAGCCUGGCAACCGGGAGGCCGCUUUUGAUGAGCUGGAACCUGAGCUGGAAAAAAUGCUGCGGUAUUGUGAGUUACUGGUCCAGAACCAGAGUCAGGAUCACAGUCAGGGUCACGAUCAGCAGUCAGACAUCCGGCCCUCUCCUUCUUUCUCCUCGGGUCUGGGCUAUGUCAUGCCGCUCCACACGAUCGCCGCUCGAUGCAGAAACCCGCAGAUUCGUCGCCGGGCACUCCAACUCCUGAUGAGUAGUGGUCGACGGGAAGGCAUCUGGGACGCAGUGUUGACUGGGAAAAUCGUGACGACGACAAUGGAAAGAGAGGAGCGGCUGGCGGCGAGUCUGCAGACUGAGAAAGUGCCCAGUGAUGCGCGAGUGAGGGAGGUCAAAGUCGAGUUUCUGGGCGAGAGGAGAGCGCGUGUGCGGUACGUUACCGUGGCCGACUGGAGGGCGCGGCUGUAUGGCGAGCAACAUAUCCUGGAGUGGUGA